AUGACAGACGAAAACACUCGUCUCCUCAGGACUCCAAAACGAGACGGGCCCCGUCCUCGUCCAACCCUCUACACCGUUCCGUCAAGCCAGUCGUUGAGGAGCCUCAAGACCCUCAAUGACCCCACCAUCAACAGCUAUCUUGACACCAUAGACGAUGAACCGUUGGGAUGGAACGCUAUAAACAGAGUCAAGAACUUGGCCUCUGGCAGGCCCAAGGACGGAUUCGAUACCUACGCAUACUGUGCCUACUACUUACCCAUUCUCAACUGGUUGCCCAACUACAACUACCGGGAGUCCUUGGCUGGGGACUUCUUGGCUGGACUUUCGCUUGCCUCCUUCCAGAUCCCGUUAGUGAUGUCGUUUGCAACCUCUUUGGCCCACUUGCCUCCUAUCACCGGUUUAUACUCUAUAAUCAUCGGAUCCACGGUGUAUUCCAUAUUUGGCUGUGUUCCUGUUCUUGUGGUGGGUGCCUCUCCAUCGACUGCCAUUAUGUAUGGACAGACCAUCGAGUACAUCAGGCACGAGAAGUCGUUUCUGCACUUCACUGAAUUGGAGAUUUCCUCAGCAAUCUCAGCUACUUUAAGUGGGAUUCUCCUAGCUAGUGGCUUAUUGAGGUUUGGCUUCUUGGACAACGUAUUGAGUCGUGCUUUGCUUAAGGGCUUCAUUGGGGCCAUGGGCUUCAUCAUGAUCAUCAACGAGCUUAGCACAGAAAUGGGUUUGGAAAAGUUGGCCCUUGAGCAGCCCCACCUCACAGUUGUUGACAAGAUACUCUUUGCUUUCCGAAACUUCCCCAAGUCGCAUAGGCUCACGUUGACGAUUUCUUUGGUUACUCUCAUUAUUGUGGUUAGUAUCAAGACAUACAAGGAAAUACUCAUCCACAAGUACAAAAUCAAGAAGGCGGUGUUCAUUCCAGAAAUUCUUCUGAUGGUGAUAGUGGCCACAUUCUUGAGUUGGUAUUUCGAGUGGAACAGCAAGGGGGUAGAAAUUGUCGGAGAUAUUACCUCCUCAAACCACUCCUUCAAGAUUGUCAAUCCAUUUCAAUGGAAAAAAUUAGCAUUGUAUGAACGAACAUUCACUAUUGCAUUUGUUAGCACUCUUUUGGGGUUUUUCGACUCCACUACAGCAACAAAAUCUUUGGGCACUCAGUACAAUUUCAACGUAUCUUCCAACAGAGAGUUAAUUGCCUUAGGAUCCACUAAUUUUGUGGUAAGUUUGGUGAGUGGUUUGCCUGCCUUUGGAGCUUUCGGAAGAUCAAAGCUCAACAUCUUGUCUGGUGCAACCACACCAAUGGCAGGAAUUUUUGUUGCGAUUUGCACUUUUUUUUCAAUCAUCUACUUACUACCAUUGUUGCAUUUCUUGCCUGAAUGUGUUUUGGCAUUAACUACUACUGUUAUUGGAAUAACAGUGAUACAAGAGGUACCUUCGGACUUGAAGUUUUUCUAUAAUAUUGGUGGAUACGACGAAAUUAUCACAUUUUUAAUUAUUUUUUUUGCCACCAUCCUUUGGGGCACCCCAGCAGGGAUCUCAAUGGGCGUUUUGGUUGCUGUCAUUCGCGUUAUCAAGCACAGUUCAAGGUCCAGGAUUCAUAUUUUGGGAAGAGUUCCCAAUACUUCUAUUUUCAGAAAUGCGGAUGAGUUGAUUGAAGAGAGCUUUGCUACGUUUGAACAAGAAAAUGAGGCCCAGAGUUUUGAAACUCUAUCUCCUUCAAAUAAUGUUGACAAGCUUUCCAGUUUGAUUUCUGAGAUUGAAGAAAUUGAAGGUGUACUUAUUAUUAAAAUCCCAGAACCCUUGAACUUUGCAAAUGUGGGCGACUUGAAAAGCAAGCUUAAUCGUAUCGAAAAGUAUGGCUCAUUGUUGAUCCAUCCAUCGCAACCCAACUCUAGGGCAUUCAACAAUGACACCGUGAAAUCUAUCAUCUUUGAUUGUAAAGGAAUGACCAAGAUAGAUUCAUCAGCUACGCAGGUCUUGUACGAGAUUGUUAAGAAGUAUACUGAGUCGGACUGCAUCAGGGUUUGCUUUUCUAGAUUGCCUGUGGAUGGAACUAUCAGGGAUAAGUUCAAUAUGGCUGGCAUUACCUCGCUCGUAAACAAUAACUUCAAGGCGAGCAAUUCAUCCAGCUCUACGCCGGACCCUACUUCCUCUGUUGGAAUGGGUGACGGCUUCUUUUUAAGCAUAGAGAAGGCACUAGGUUCAGUAGACCAGGUCAACGUUUAG